UUAAGUCAUGAAGCUUGUAACAGGGGCUUAUUAAAUUUCCAUGGGUUGAGACACCGCAUCCACCCCAUGAUUUGAUAAGGUAAUCAGAAUAGCUGAGACUAGUCAGAGCGCACUUUGCUUGCACACCGAGCACCAGGAGGACAACUGCGAAACGAUAAAGAGCUUAUUUUCCAUGUUUUGCAGCCGUUCACAGAUGCUUUGUGAAAACUGGACUCGACAAGAUGUUGGUUAGUCAGCUGCUUUUGCCUGUGUACGUCUUUACCUUCCUGAUCGGGCUUCCCGCCAACAUCCUGGCGUUCUGUACCUUCUGCCGCAAGGUCCACCGCAAACCUGCGCCCAUCGACAUCCUCCUUCUGAACCUCACAAUCUCUGACCUCAUCUUCCUUGCCUUCUUGCCCUUCAAAAUGAAAGAGGCUAUUGACGACAUGAUUUGGAAGCUGCCGGACUACCUGUGCACCCUCAGCAGCUUUAUGUUCUUUUCUACUAUUUACACCAGCACGUUGUUUUUGACAGGAGUUAGCAUCGAACGCUACUUAGGUGUUGCUUUUCCGAUCCAAUACUCUGUUUACCGUCGGCCACGCUACGCCGUGAUCGCCAGCCUGUUCUUCUGGCUUGUUGGCUCUCUGAACCUCAGCAUUGUCUACAUUGUGCCAAUUUUGCAUCCAAAGAACAUCAGUAAUGGCCACAAUCUUAGCUCAAGUCUCACACAAUUCUCCGAAAUUAAAUGCUACAACAACUUCAACGAUGAGCAACUCAGUAUUCUGCUUCCAGUGCGUCUGGAGCUUUUUGUGGUGCUCUUCUGCGUUCCGUUUCUUAUCUGUGGCUUCUGUUACAUCAAUUUUAUUCGAAUUCUCUCCCGGUUGCCUCACAUCAGUCGGCGCCGUAGGCUGAGGGCUAUCGGACUGGCACUUGGAACUCUGUUUGUGUUUGCUGUCUGUUUUGGGCCUUACAACGCCUCACAUGUGGUAGGGUUCGUCCUGGCAGAGAAUGAGGAAUGGCGAGAACUGGCUCUGAUCUCCAGUACUUUAAACGCAUGUCUAGACCCUAUUAUCUUCUACUUCUCGUCCGCAGCGGUACGAAGCGCAAUCAGUGGCUUCGUGAAAGGAAUGAAGGAGAAAGGGCAUGUACUGAAGUGCAAGAAGAUUCAGUGUUGCCCCAUGCUUGCCUCUGAGACCUACAGAGACACACCUCCACCUGAUAACAAAAGACUUUCUAUAGGACAAGUGGAAAUAGCAAGUUCUCUAUAGCUAUAGAAAGAAAAUAGCUCCCCACUAUUGUAAUAUUCUACAAAUUAUGUUAAUGAGGAUUAAUGUAAGGAAAA